UCAAAUUUAAGUAAAAUUUUAAAAAUAAUAAAAUUUUUCAUUUAAUUAAAUUCUUAAAAAAAAUCACAACAUGCGCUUCUAUCCCAAUGCCGACAUUAGCAACUACUGGGAACUACCUUCCAGCUGGUCUUUAUACAGUCACAAUCCCCAUAAAAAUUGGCAACGAAAACCUCUACAACGCAAACACACUAUUGCCUAUUGGUGUGAUCUAGAAGGUGGCAAAAUGUCGGAAAUAAAGAAAAAAGAUUUGUAUUUAAAGAAUUUCCCAAAUACACGUAUACGCGGCGAGGCCUGUUUACCCUGGUAUUAUUGUGUGGGCAAUCGUUUUAUACGUCUCGAAAGGGCAUUUCCCCAUGAUUUCAAAUGUACCGUAUUACCCAUGAAUCUGCAAGAAGUGCGCGCUGUAAAUGAGUACGAAAGAGAAACGGCUAAAAAUGCUAAGGCUGGAGCAGCAGAAGCUAAGAGAUUGGCUGAGGAAGCGACUAAAUUGGAGAUGAAGAAGAAGGGUAUAAGGUCAUAGAGGUUUCUUAAAAACUAUAUUACAGGGAUAUUAAGUUCAA